AUGCGCCUGCUCAAGACGGACACGCUGGAGCUGGUCGAGUUUGUGGGGCGGCCGCCGCCGUAUGUGAUCCUGUCGCACACAUGGGGGGCCGACGAGGUGACGCUGCAGGACCUUUCAGCGGGCAGCGGAAGCCGGGCGGCGGCGCGCAAGAAGGCUGGCUACGGCAAGCUGGCGGGUUGCUGCGCCCGGGCCGUGGCCGACGGGUACGACUACGCGUGGGUCGACACGUGCUGCAUCGACAAGACCAGCAGCGCGGAGCUGUCCGAGGCCAUCAACUCCAUGUACCGCUGGUAUCACGAGGCACACAUCUGCUACGCCUACAUGUCGGACGUGUCCCAGGUGCCGCCGCCGUCGCCCACAUCAGACACGCUAUCGCCCACCCCUGCCGCCGGCGCCGGCCCCGCGCGCAAGCCGUCGCCGGGCCCGGGCCCGGGCCCGCCCAAGUCGCCGCGGCCGGCGUUUCGCACCAUCCCGUCCAUCGUGCGGGAGUACGACAAGCUGCCGCGCACGUUUGAGCACAGCCGCUGGUUCAGCCGCGGGUGGACCCUCCAGGAACUCGUCGCGCCGCCGCUGGUCGAGUUCUACUCGCACGACUGGCGCGAGCUGGGCACCAAGUUCAGCCUGCGGCGGGCGCUCAGCCGCAUCACGGGCAUCGACGUGCGCGUGCUCGAGGGCGCCGACCCGGCGACGUGCACCGUCGCCGAGCGCAUGUCGUGGGCCGCCGGCCGCCAGACGACGCGCGGCGAGGACGCCGCGUAUUGCCUGUUGGGUGUUUUCAAGGUGCACAUGCCGCUGCUGUACGGCGAGGGCCGCUCGCGCGCCUUUUUCCGCCUGCAGGACGAGAUCAUGAAGACGGCCGAGGACUACACCAUGCUAGCCUGGGGUCUGAGCAAGUUCCUCAGCAACAAGCACCACUGGAAAGGCGUACCGCGAGCGAGUGGUAGCCGGGGGGCCAGUCCGCGCCGCCCGCUGGCCGACGGGCCCGACGACUUUGAGCUGCACAACCGCGCCCUGUGGACGUACUCGUCGCUGGUUCCCGACACCAGCAGCAGCGCAGUCCCCGAUGACGACGUCGAGGACAUGCCGCCGCUGAUGACGAGCCGCGGGCUGCGGCUGUCGCUGCUCCUGCGGCCGGCGAACACGAAACACGCGCACAGCGACGACGUGCACGCGUACAUCAACUGCAAGACGCACAAGCCCGGCAGCGGGCCACCAACCGCUACGCCGGCUACGGCCGCAAACACGGCCGAGGUACUGUUCCCAGUAUGUCUAGUCUUGCGGCGGCAGCGCGGCGGCAACGUGUACACGGGGUCAGACGAUGCGAACGCGCCGUUCAUGCUGCUGGACAGCGCGCGCGAGCUGAGCGACAGCCGCUUCGCACGUAAGACGGUCUACGUCUUGUCAUCAGCGGCCGAUGACGACACGGAAGCUGACGCCGACGCGCUGCACGCCCGCAACCACCGCCUGCGCAGCCUCGAUAAAAACCUGUACGUCCUCGAGAAGCCGCAGGCUCACCAGCCCUCCCUGCGCGGGCUGGGGAUUACCUUUACUUCUCUGCCGUUGAAUCCCACUACAAUAGAACCAGCAACCAUGCCACGCGCGUGGAAAAUCACAUCCCCGUUCUCGCACGCCGUCGGCGCCGGGCGGGGGCACACGCACUACGAAGUGCCGCGCAAGUUCAGCUCGGCCACGCUGCACCAGCCGUUCGACGUGCCGGCGCACACUGCACGGCUGUUUGCGUUCGAGCCACUCCCCUCACCUUCUCCUACUUCCACAUCUAAUCCCAGUCCCAGCCAGGCAGAAGCAUUCGCCAUCGCCAUCGGGCGCGGCUGGUGCGACGUGUACCCACUAAACGCGCCAGCAUUCCGCAGCCGCUGGGGCGUGCUCGUCAGGGACGGGGCGUGGAGCGAGCAGCGCGCGCUCAAGUUCCUGGGGUAUCUUGCACAGCUGGAGGUCGUGUCGUCGUCUGCAGGGAGUGUGGGGGAGGAUGGCGGCGGCGGCGGUGGUGGUGGUGGUGGUGGUGGUGGAAGUGGUGGGGAGGCGGUCGACCGAGUUGCACGGCUGUGUGGGGAUCUGCUGGUGUCGGUUGCGCUGAAGAAGGCGCGUAUGGGCGAUGUCAACUGUGAGAGCGCGGUUAGGAUCCUUUGCUCCUUCCUCGUGCUACUGAGGUUCAAGAUUGACAUGAGCGAACAGUUCCGUCGCGUCCUGGACGAUUUCAAGAAAAAGGCGAAAUUGACAAGCGAAGAGUCGCAGUAUUUCCAGCUCGCCAAUUUCGAUGACGUCCUCACGACCCUCAGCUCCGUCCAGAAGGAGCAAUCCAAGAAAAAGACGUUUGGUGUACAUGAAGAGGAUUGA